AUGUCGCACCUGUACUCGCCGACGGAACUCACCCAGCUCAGAGAUGAGCGCUGGCCGUUAGGCGACGACUGGGCCGACUGGGUCGGGACCGCCGAGAAGCUUGAGAGCGACGCCCUCCGCAACCCCAACAUCGCCGCCGACAGCGACACCGGCGAGGUCAACAGGGCCGCGCUGUGCGCUUUCGUCGACGGCCUGCUCGACAACACGUGCGCCUACCUGUUCUCGCACAUGAACGAGUCGGACCGUCACAACGCGAUCGACUCGAUCCGGAGCUACCACGACAUCCUCGUCAACUGGCCCGCCCAGCCGUCGCUCCGCCAACAGCUCACGAACCCCCACCGCUUCCUCGCCACGCACGUCCACGGCGAGGACGUGACCGACCUCGUCCGCCGCGCUCAGGCCGGCGCUUACACUGCCAGGCGCCAACGCCGGGGCAUGAGUCCCGCUCCUGCGAGUGCUGCUCGAGCAGCUGGUGCCGGUCCGCGCUCGGUACCUGUCAGCCGCGCGAGGGAGGGACGCCCGGCCGGCCCGGGUCGCGGCUGGGGCCACGUUCAGCGCCGGGCGCGUCGCGUUCGCCUCCGACGGUACAAAGGCCUCCUGGUCGACAGUGAGGGCUGGCCAAGCGGCCACUCGUGGGCCGACUACAUCCGCACGGCCGAGAUCGUCGUCAACGAUGCGCUCGAGAACGACCACAUCGGCGCCGUCCCCGCCCACAACGACGCGAUCACGGCGUGGGUCCUCGACGCCGUCGAGCCGGGCUACGACCGCAGGACGCUCUUCGACCGCCUUCCCGAGCUCGUGCGGAGCGAGUGCAUCCUGUCGCUGCGCAACGUCGGAGCCAGCCUGAUCUCGUACUCGGGCGGCGACCUGCGCGUCCCGUCGCAGCGUAACUUUGUCGACGACAAAGCGAGGUCGGUCGGCCUCGACCCGGCGGUCAACGCCCACGCCAACCGCGACCUCACCGCCUACCAGCCUCGCGCUCGCUCGCGCAGCUUGACGCCCGUUCCUCAGCAGCGCUCGCGCUCGGCCACUCGCCCGCCCGUCCCGUCGCACGUCCACCCCGAGGCCCAUGCUCACCACGCCCACGCCAGCUCGUCGCGCCAGCCGACCCUCUCGCCCGACCCGCUCGACCUCGGCGACUUCGACCACUCGUGGCAGCACGACCCAGCCCAGUACAGCCACGACCUCGACGACCCCGAGUUCGACCUCGACGCCCUCCUCGACAGCUGGACGUACGGCCAAUAG